GUGGACAGCUCAUCAUUCCAAAGCAGGGAAAUGGUUCAGAGCCUAGCCUUUGGACUGUCCUUCCUGCAGCGGAUGGACAUGAAGCCUGUGGUGGUCAUAGGCUGGUCUGAGCACCAGGAAUCAGGAUCCACAGAAGCGGUCACCGGGUCUUGGCGCACCAGAGGUUUAGUGGAACGAUGCCAGCAGCUGACAGAGGCUCUACAGCAACACUCAGCCACCGUCCUGCCUUUCUUCUCUGCAGAAUCCUUCCUCAAGCAGCAUGAAGCCUCACAGGGAAGCAGUGCUCCUCCUUCCGUUGCGAUUGAGUCCAGCCUCCUACAGUGGGGUUUGGACUGUGGGACCAUCCCGCUGGUUUGUCCUGUGGGGGUGGACGGGCGAGGUUGCUCGACAGUGCUGGACCCAACGGAAGUUACAGCUGCCAUCUCCCGAGCCCUGCAGCCCCACAAAGUCAUGUUUCUGAAUAGCUCUGGAGGCCUACGGAGCCACAAACACAAGGUGCUGGACUCAGUUUCACUGCCUGCCGACUUGCCUGGUCUGUCUGUGGCAGAGUGGCUGAGUCAAACGGAGCGCCGCAGAGUGACUACCAUCGCCAGACUUCUCAAUCAGCUGCCAACUGAAUCUUCUGCUGUGAUCACCUCAGCAGACACGCUGCUUACCGAGCUCUUCAGUCACAAGGGAUCUGGGACGCUUUUUACAAACGGAGACCCUAUACACCGGUACAGCUCUCUGGACGAGAUCGAUGUGGAGCGUCUGCUGGCUCUCAUCAACAAGUCGUUUGACAAAACUCUGAGGCACGACUACCUCAACUCCCUGAAAGGACGAAUGCACUCCAUCUACCUCUCUGAAGGCUACAGUGCAGCAGCCAUCAUUACCAUGGAGCCAGUGAACGGUGGCACUCCUUAUCUGGACAAGUUUGUGGUGAGCAGCAGCAAGCAGGGACAGGGGACCAGUCACAUCCUGUGGGAGUGUAUCCAGCAAGACCUGGGCAAACUGUUCUGGAGGUCCAGAGCAACCAACAGAAUUAAUCCAUGGUACUUUAAGCAUUGUGACGGGAGCUUUGUAAAUGGAGCGUGGACCAUCUUCUGGUUUGGUCUGACGGACAUCAGGGACUCCUACGCUCUCGUGGAGCAUGCCACGAAGCUCUCCGACUCAUUCCACAGCUCCACCUUCACCUCCUCCCAGCCGUCUCCUCCGCUGGCUGCUGAAUCCUGAACUCCUGUUGCCUUGUUGACUUUAGUUCUGAAGCUCCAGUUUCUUUUAAUCUAGCCCUAUUAUUAGGCCUGUCACAAUAAACAAUAAAUCAAGUCACGAUAAACAAUAAAUCAAUUAAUC